CCCCGCGAGGCGGACCUGACGUGUGCGGUGAAGUUAGCCCAAGUCAGCUGAAUGUGAUUGCGAAUGAAAAAUCGGCGGAAGGUUUUGUUCAGAAUAAAAGGAUAGCUUACCACUUUUUUGCGACGAAACUAGUGCCCAAACGGAAAAUUUAUCUAAAAUGCUUCACCGGUGUAUCGUUCGCUCUUUGAGGCUGAAUCGAGUUGUUGUUGGUCGUUACUAUACAACCGCUGAAAACACCGAUAAAGGUGCACAGCCUCCUCCCGAUGCCGAACAAACCGCACAACCAGUAGACGAGUUUACCAAAGAGUUCCUCAAAAAUCAAGUCAAACUUACCGACCUGCAGCGAUUGAUUCUCAGCGCCGGUAGUUCCAUUGCUGCCCUAAUUGAUCCUCGAAGACAUGACAUGAUCGCUUGCCUAGGGGAAACGACCGGUGUUCCGGCAUUGGAGAGCAUUCGCCAACAGAUGCGCAACUGCGAAGAAGGUCGUCAGAUAUUGGCAGAUAAACCACGCAUCAACACUCGGACGGUGGACAUGGAUGCGCUGAGGAAACUUCCAGAAAAUACGUUUGGCUUUCAUUAUGUUACGUUUCUGGAAAAGCACGAAAUAACACCCGACUCGCGGAUGGAAGUAAAAUUUAUGGACGAUCCCGAACUUGCCUACGUCAUGACACGGUACCGUGAGGUGCACGACUUGGUUCACGCCGUUUUCGGAAUGCCAACCAACAUGCUGGGAGAAGUGGCCAUCAAAUGGAUAGAGGCCAUCAACAUUGGUUUACCCAUGUGCUACGGAGGAGCAGUUUUCGGAGCGUUUCGACUCAGGCCAAAGCAACGUCAGAACUAUCUACAACGUUAUCUUCCGUGGGCUUUAAAAAUGGGACAACGCGCCAGACCGCUUAUGUGCGUUUACUGGGAAAAACGCUGGGAGCAGGACAUCGACGAAUUAAGAGCAGAAUUGAAUAUUGAAGUACUUAAAUUAGAUUAAAUUGAAAUCUGCUGUAAUAUAUAAUUUUUGUUCUAUA